CUCAGUUGGAAAUUUGGCAGAUGGGUGGAUUUUCAUCUCAUCAUAAGUUGUCUCAUUUGGAGAUUAGCUAUUGUUACAAACUGAUGGAUAUCCCAAGUAUGAACGGGCUCUCAUCUCUUCAACUUUUGAGAAUUGAAAAAUGCUUUAAUCUAUGGAGCAUUUCGGGGGAGUGCCUACGCUACCUCGCUGGCUUAAAGAAGUUAGAGAUGAGUUAUUUCUGCGAUGAAUUGGAGGAAUUCCCAGGACUCAGUUACAUCCAUCAGCUAAACUCCUCUCUUGAAUCUUUAAUAUUACGUGGAUGGGAUAAAGUCAAGUCUUUGCCAGAUCAACUGCAACAUCUCACUGCCUUGAAAGAAUUGACUCUUUCAAAUUUCAACGGAGUGGAAGCUUUUCCAGAAGGGUUGGGAAACCUCAGUUCUCUUCAACGACUUCACAUUUUUGAAUAUUUGGAGAAGUUCCCAAGACUUGAUUGCAUCAUUCACUUUCAUGCUUCCCUCAAAGAUUUAACAUUGACAGGAUGGGAUAAAUUAAAGUUUCUGCCAGAUCAGCUUCAACAUCUCACUGCCCUCAAGUCAUUGACUCUAGAAAAAUUCAACAGAGUGGAAGCAUUUUCAGACUGGAGAGGAAUGGUCCAAGAUUUCCCAUAUUCCCCGAAUCUUGAUAGAUACUAGAACAAUCAAAUGGCAUGAAAAGUAAGUAUGUUUAAUUUGUGACAUCUUAAUCCCUCCAUUUGUCCCACAAUUGCAAACUCCUUGUUUUCUUUUGUCACUGAAAACUGAGUGUGGGUUCCCAAAUAAAUUUGAGGAAAAUAACCCUCCUUCUAACUCCAACUUCGACUUGCAGAUCAAAUCCCUGGAUUGAAUAAUCAGGUUGUACAUCAAGAGUUGAAGACAUUCAGAAGCCUUCUCCAAAUUAUCAACUCGUAUAAAGAUGCAUGAAGGAGAAAAGCAGGGGAUUGCAUA